CGGUAUCCGUUUCAGGAAUUGACGGUGAAACCGGCGCCCUACUUUCGCGAGGAGAGGAAGUAAUGCAUUUCCAAUGGGGGACCUCAUUGCUCGCUCAGUCCAUUAUUUUUACAGUCUAUGAUUAACACCUGUGUGGAGUCAGGCCUGUGUGGAUGUGACUGGAGACGGGGAUGGAGGAAGAGCCUUCUGUAAAGACGAACAAGAAGGGGAUAUUUGUGUCCUUCAACAUAAAAGCUUCUGCUGUUAGCGGAGUAGAUGCAGCUGGAUUGCAUGCUGUUGCUUUUAGCUAUGUGAAAUUGUGUAUUUAAUGGCGUAUUUAAUAGUAACUAAUUGUGUAUUUAAUGGUGACAGCUAACAGCAGGACAGAAAAGUUCUUUCAGUGACUGCUCAAAUGCUAAUAAAUGACCAUCUAAAAAGAGACUAAUUUCUCUUUGUUUUAGAUGCAAAGUUUUGCUUUUUUUAUUGUUAAAAUGAAUAUUUCUGUUUAAAUCAGUGCAGAAAAACACAACCAUUUCCAAAGCUUUGUGUUUUGUGAAGUCAUGCAGAAACUCAAAGCUUUCCAAGAAAACUAUCAGUAAUUUCUUCUGGGUCAGCCAGAAUCUAAAUGCCAAAAAAAUAAAUAAAUCCAACAUAACAAAUGUGUCUAGAUAAGCCUACGAGGCCGCUUCGUUUGAGCAUUGUUGAUGUGACGUCACGGGCCGGCGUGUUCCUGAGUCGCGCGAGUGAUAGUUUUGGUCUGCGCGAGUUGCCGUGGGGAGGGAAGCCGCUGUAGCUGCGGCUUUAGGGAAAGCGUGACUGUUUUGCGUUAAAGAGGGACUGUCACCGACCGGCGGGAUGCGGAGACCGUGACCGGAGGAUGGACAUUAUCGGUACCGUGGAGCCACACGGUGGGUUCUCCUCGCCGAGUCCACGGUGCCCGGGGCUGAGUCUGGACUCCCACAUGGACGCUCAGGGGUAUAAAUGGGUGCGAUGGCGGGUGUGGUCGUGUCGCCUGGCCGCCCUGCUUUCUUUAGGUCUUCUCCUGGUGUUGUUCCGCUGGCGUCCGCGGGUCGCCGUCCUGGCCCGCUGCACUUCCUGCCCCGUGGCUUCAGCAGAUGUACUCCUGAUCAGAGACAGUUGUGGGCAGCAGCACGUGGUGGAGGUGCUCACCGAGGAGGUGGAGGAGGGCAGCUUGGAUUUGUUGGGGAAACUGGACGAGUCAGAAUGCAGAGACACGGUCCAGCUGUACAAAGAGGAGAAAACGCUGCUCCGGUUCUACCUGUUCGAAGGGCUGCGCUACAUCUGGCUGGACAGGAAGGGGGCCUUCUGCCGUGUUAGUGUCCUCAAUGAGGGCUGGACGUACAGAGACCUGCACCGCUUCCAGAAGGGGCUGGAUCCUGUGGAGCAGAGCUCCAGGAGACACAUGUUUGGUAGCAACCUGAUUGACGUACCUGUGAAGUCUUACAUGAAGCUGCUGCUCGAGGAAGUUCUCAACCCUUUCUAUGUGUUUCAAGUGUUCAGCAUCACCCUCUGGAUGAUCGAUGAAUAUUAUUAUUACGCCCUUUGUAUAUUUGUCAUCUCCAUCAUCUCCAUCAGCGUCUCACUUUAUGAAACUCGAAGGCAAAGCAUCACUCUGCGGAACAUGGCCCGGCUGGUGACAAAAGUCACAAUCCGCAGAGACUCUGGAGUGGAGGAAAGCGUGAGUUCGGAGGAGCUGGUCCCUGGAGACUGCCUCAUCAUCCCUCCGGAAGGCCUGCUGAUGCCCUGUGACGCCGCCCUGCUGGUCGGGGAAUGUCUGGUCAACGAGAGCAUGCUCACAGGCGAAAGUGUCCCGGUGCUGAAAACCCCCCUGCCAUCAGGAGACAUGACCUACAGCUCCGACAGCGAGCGCAGACACACCCUCUUCUGUGGUACCCAGCUCAUCCAGGCCAAAGGAGGGGGGCUGGGGGGCAGCGGAGGAGCUGUUGCCGUGGUUACAAACACCGGGUUUUUCACAGCCAAAGGUCACCUGGUCAGCUCCAUCCUUUACCCUCAGCCAAUCGACUUCCGGUUCUAUCGAGAUUCUGCCAAGUUCCUGCUCAUUCUCGGUUUCAUCGCCUCUAUUGGAACCAUUUACAUCUUUGUGGUCCUCUACAGAACCAGAGUCACCUGGCUGCAGCUGAUCGUCAGAAGUCUGGACGUGGUGACCAUCGCCGUCCCCCCCGCUCUGCCUGCCGCCAUCACCACGGGAACCAUCUACGCCCAGAGCAGGUUAAAGAGCCGAGGCAUCUUCUGCAUCAGUCCGCCACGGAUCAACGUCUGCGGCAAGGUCUCGCUCUUCUGCUUCGACAAGACAGGAACCCUGACAGAGGAGGGUCUGGACGUGUGGGGGGUGAUGGAGGCCGGGCCUGCCGGGUUCUCAGACCUGGUUCCGGACCCCGGACUCCUGGCUCCGGGGUCCCUGCAGUCUGGGCUGGCCUGCUGUCACACGGUGACCCUGCUGGAUGGCCAGGCCCUCGGGGACCCCCUGGAGCUGAAGAUGGUGGAGUCUGUUGGCUGGACUCUGCAGGAGCCGGAGGCGGCAGCGGCGGACACUCUGGAUGCACAGUUUGGGGGCUGCAGAGUUUUGGCAGUGAUGAGACCUCCACCUCAGCGGCCUCAGGCUUGGGGGGCUAGCGAGCCGGUGGCCAUCGUUCAGAGGUUUCCGUUCUCCUCGGCCCUGCAGAGGAUGAGCGUGGUGACAGUGGCCCCCGGGGGGCGCUCCGCUCUGGCUUUCAUGAAAGGCUCUCCGGAGAUGGUGGCCAGUCUGUGUCGAGCUGAAACAGUUCCUGCACAGUUUGCUAGCAAACUGCACGGCUUCUCCAGCGAAGGCCUCAGGGUUCUGGCUCUGGCAUGCAAAUCCGUACAAGUGAAUUCUGGCGUGCAGCACAUUGAACGGACUGAAGUAGAACGAGACAUGCAGUUCCUGGGGUUGAUGAUGAUGAAGAACCUGGUGAAGGCCGAGAGCCCAAAGGUCAUCAACACCCUGAGACUGGCACAAAUUCGCAGCGUUAUGGUCACUGGAGACAACGUCUUGACCGCCGUUAACGUGGCCAAAAGCUGCGGGAUGGUGGGCGCUGAUGAGAAGGUGAUUUUUGUCACGGCCAACCCCAACAGCGCCCAGUCUGCCCCCACCCUGAAGUUCAGCCUGGAAGAGCAAGUAGCCGCCGCAGCGCCACACCCCGCCGACGGCUUCAGUCAGAAUCUUUAUCAGGGAGGCUCCACCCAUCACUUCGCCAUCAACGGCAAAUCCUUUGCUGCCCUCUGUGAUUACUUCCCAGAAUAUCUUCCAAAGGUUUUGAUGCAAGCCACUGUUUUCGCACGGAUGGCUCCCGACCAGAAAACGCAGUUGGUGAAGGAGCUGCAGAAGCUAAACUACCGCGUGGGCAUGUGUGGAGACGGAGCCAACGACUGCGGUGCUCUGAGAGCUGCAGAUGUCGGGGUGUCGCUGUCUGAGGCCGAGGCCUCCGUCGCUUCACCGUUCACCUCCAAGACUGAGAACAUCAGCUGCGUCCCACUGCUCAUCAGGGAGGGCCGCUGCUCCCUGGUGACGUCCUUCAGUCUGUUUCGGUACAUGGCGCUGUACAGCCUGAUCCAGUUCUGCUCCGUCCUCCUCCUGAACACGGUGAAGACCAACGUGGGGGAUCUGCAGUUCCUCUUCUGUGACCUGUUCCUGGUGACCCUGCUGGCCAUUGUGAUGGGCAGGGGCGGCCCGAGCGAGGAGCUGCACCCCUGCCGGCCUCCCGCCAGCCUGCUGGCCCUGCCCGUCUUUGGAAGCCUCUUCAUCCACGUCUGCAUGGUUACGCUGGGGCAGCUGGCGGCAUUCUUCAUCACCACCUCCCAGGACUGGUACGUUCCUCUGAACUCUACCGUGUUUGGGACGGCCAACCUGCCCAACAUGGAGAACACCUGCGUGUUUACCCUGUCAGGGUUCCAGUACAUCAUCAUGGCUGCGGUGGUCACCAAAGCUUACCCCCAUAAGAAACCGCUCUACCAUAACAAGAUCUUCCUCCUUGUGCUGCUGCUCCACUUCGCCGUGAUGCUGUGGCUGGCGCUGGAGCCCGGACCCGUGUUUGCCCGACUGCUCCAGCUGUACGACUUCACUGACUUGAACUUCAAGAUGCUGCUGGUGGCGGUGGCUGCGCUCAACUUCCUGGUGUGCUUCGUUGCAGAGAUGCUGGUGGACCUGGGGAUCUUGAACUGCCUCCGUUGUCUUCGUGGGACUCGUCAAUCCAAGAAACGGUACAAACGCCUGAAGGUCCUUCUGUCCGACUCCUCGUCGUGGCCCCCCCUCAAUCAGACCCUGUCCCCCACGGACCACACAGCCAUCUCCUGCAGCUAGCGUUUGCCUUACCCCUCAUAGGACGGUCAAUCGCCUUUUAGGGGUUCCUGGAACCCCCCUCUGAAAAUGAAGUUCUUUAUUUGCAAUAAUAAAAUAUUUAUACAGAAA